CUUUCACUGUGCGCGACAACCUCCAAUGCGCACACAGUCCAUUCUGACCAUGAAAGGGUUUUUAAACUUUACGUAGUUUAUAGCAAGUUUUUGAAGAUAGCAUAGUCAAUCGUUUUUAUGCUGCAUUUGCAAUUCUUGGUUUGGGACUAAGAAGUUUUUGGUGAUGGGCAUGGCUGUACUCUGGGGUUCCCCUGUGAGUUUUCUUCAUGUCUGGCUUACCCUGAUGAUCUGCGGCCAGUGUGCUGUGGCUUUUUCGGUCGCUGGACAACAGGUGACGACCUGUGAGGCGAACGGCAGUGUUUAUUAUGUGGGCGAAUGGUACUUUUUAGACUCGGAUCAUUGUUCCCAGUGCGAAUGUACACCAGAAGGGUCCGCUUGCGCGCUGACCGAGUGCUCAUCCCUGCCUGCCGCCUGCAUCCAUGUCAGCCAUUACCCGACAGACUGCUGCCCGAGAUGCGAGAAGAUCGGCUGCGAGUACGGGGGAGAAGUCUACGAACUGGGCCAACAAUUUCAGCCGUCAGCAUGUGAGCAGUGCACUUGUCACAGCGACGGCAUCGCCCGCUGUCAGGUCGCAGACUGCGCCCCUCCACCGUGUGUUAACCCCGUCUACCAAAAAGGAAAAUGCUGCCCUCAGUGCGAGGAUGGGCCCAACUGUUACGUGAAUGCCUCUAGAACCCAAGUGAUCCCUGGAGGUGAGCCAGUGUGGGUCGACUCCUGUACCAAAUGCCGAUGUCAUGACGGUCAGGAUGCAGGUUACUGGGAAGGUAACCGCUUGGCAACGUGUUCCCAUGUGCACAACUGCCAGCCUGACAAGGGGCUAAACUGAGAAGAGAGAUCAAAAAUAGGGUCAUCUUUCAUCCUUGUUUAUACAACGAAUGACAAAACUCAGCAGAUAUUUAAACCACGCUUGCAGAAGAAAAUGUGGAGGCUAUUUAGCCUACAAACCUUAUCCAGUUAAAAAAAAGUGUAUUAUUCUUUAUAUUUCUUCUUAUGCUAACUAACCAAGUACAAUGACUUACUAAGGGAUAUUUCCUUAUGAAACAGCUAAUAGAGCUUAGUAUUGAGACACCUUUUUGGACAUGAGAACAUAUUGACAUCUACAGUACAUCUGCAAAUGCAAUGAUUAUCCACAAUUUUUUUUUAUUAAUGUUUUUACACGAUUUGAAAUAGCAUGUAUGUUAAUGUUAUUUUCUGCUUCAAAAGCCUGAAAGCCAAAGUAUCGAGAAUUGCAAGACUUACAUUACUGCCAUGCAGGCAUGGAAACAGCUAAUGUAGCAUGAAAUACAAACAAACCUGUCAUAAAUGAAUCAUGUAUAAAUAAAGCAGGCUCAUUUUUGCUUGAUUUCCGUUCUAACACCUCAUUUUAAAAGCUGAGGUAAUAUUGCUUCUUCUUUUUUUUUUCCCGAGGACUGUAUUUGCAGCAAUGACAGAAAGUACACAGAUAUAAACAAACCACAAGUGAUCUAUGUGUCUUGUCUUAUUAUCCAAUAUAUGAAGUUAGAGGAUG